AUGAAAUCGGUAAGAUUUGCGUUUUCCUGCUGUAUAUCUUAGUUUAGAGCGCCAGGGACCGACCGUCUGGUAAGAUUCGCGAAGUUGGACCUUGGAGUGAACAGACUAGUUCAAGUGGCAAAAGGUACUACUACAAUCAUGAAACCGAGGUGUCACAGUGGGAGAAGCCAGCAGUCUGGAGAGAGCACGAAAAGAAAUUGAGUGAAGAAAAGGAACGACAGAAACAUCACGGUAAGGACUUUAUUCAUGUUAUUCUUACCUUUCCUUGAGAGGUUUAGAUAAUUUUUUGAGAUUUUAGACUCUGAGAAACCAUCAACGAGCAGUCACCAUCACAGCUCGAAAGAUACACACCAUUCUUCACCGUACAAUAGAAAUGGCACAAGUAUUAUAAGAUCUAAGGAUCGAGCAAGUUCAUUUUCCAAAGAUGCUCCGCCAGCUAAGAAGCUAAAGGAGGCUGAUCAUAAGGAAAAUCAUGAGCAAAAUAGUAGCCAUCACAACGCGACGUUUGACGCUCCACUGAUCCCGCAAGCCCCUUUACCUCCUUUGUUAUCUAUUGAUACAAGUACCUCGAGGAUCGACGAACCUAUGGAUGUUGCUAAUAGUCCUCCUCCAGAAUCCAAGACAUCAAAGGUAAGGCUUUAUUCCUUUGGUUUUAUAGUAAGAUUUUAAAAAAUAAUUAUCUUUUUUUUGUGCUUAACACUACAUAAUUUACCUUUCAGUCCUUUAUAAACAUUCCGUUACCCACCGUCCGCCCCUUCGACGAUACCAAAUACAACUUGUUUUACAAACCGAGCAGUGUGUCAUCUUUAAGAAAGAGUUUGGGCAAUGAAUCUACCUUAAAUGAAGUCAAGAAGAACCAGGAGAAGCUUCAAAAAUCACAAUUGGGUUUAAUGGAGCUCGAAACAUCUAUAAUAUCUAUUCAAUCGUUACUGUUUACAGCGGAGGCCAAAUGUGCAUUACUCAGUGACAAGUUCAACUUCAUUGACAGUCAGGUUGAUGCGAUACGGAACGUUCAACAUAGAGUGGACACAGAUAACGGUCCAAUUUCUCCUAAAGCAGAGAGACUACAUCAACCAGCGGCCGAAAUAAAAGUCGAAGAACUUAAUGGGAAUAAUAAUAUGGAGAGUAAAUUAUGA